CAGUUCAAACCGCAAGGUCAAGGUCAAGAUUUGCAAUUAGGCAGGUCGUUGGAAAUUUUGAGCUCGUUGCAUUUUAAACCAUAUUCAUACGUUGUUCCGGAGAUUAAAGAAUGCCCGGUGGGUAUCUUCCUGGUCUCCCUCCUGUCUAUCCUAACAGUUGGACAUCCUCAGGAUUACCUUCGAACAUGUCUGACCUAAUUCCUGCGGAUGGAAAUUGUACUGAUGGCAUCCACUGGAUUUGGAUUUCUAUGGGACAGUGUGUUAUGGAUGCUCGUGGUGGUGUUGCCUUAUUCUGUGGAUUUGUUUGUUUAAUUAUUUGGAUCGCAGUAGGAAUACCUCAGAUUGUGGAGAAUUUUAGAACAGGAAUUCCAGAUAAAGCUCUUUCACUUGGUUUCUUAGUACUCUGGACUAGUGGUGAUGUAUGCAACUUGAUAGGUUGUUUUUUAACUCAUCAACUUAUAAUGCAGAUUGUUAUAACUGGCUACUGUAUUAUUAGUGAUUUAAUUCUUGUAUUUCAAUUCAUCUAUUACAAAAUUCGACAUUAUGCUGUUCUACGACAAAUGGCUGCUGUUUUAAAAGAAGGUCAGAUAACUCCUGUUAGAAGUACUUCACCCACUAUACUUGAUGAUGAUUUGGAACAAACUAAUCAACGUCAAGAAUAUCAACGACUUCCAGUUUGUUUUAUUGGUGUGACCGGUUUAACUUUAACAGCUGUUACAUUGACUUCAAUGGGAAGUAUAUUUAGUGAUUAUGCGCCUCAACAACAAAUUGUCAGCGGUGUUUUCCAUCAUUCGAGAAGAUUAUUAGAAUGGAAAGAGUAUGACAUGAUUGAACCUGAAUUUAUACAAUCAGAUCCUUUAGAUGGUGCGGUGACCAAAGUGGGAUAUGCUCUUGGAUGGGUUUCUACAUCUAUGUACAUGUUGUCCAGAUUGCCACAAUUAUUUCGUAAUUGGAAACGUAGAUCAACUGAAGGCCUUUCAGUGUUCAUGUUCUUUAUGACUGUAACGGGUAAUUUAGCGUAUGGUUUUCAGAUUUUUCUUUCAUCCACUGAAAGAAAUUAUUUAAUUCGAGCUGUACCAUGGAUUUUUGGGAGUUUAGGAGUAGUUUUGUUAGAUAUGUUGAUGUUGGUUCAAUUCCUUCUUUAUCGGUCAGCACAUCCUCGUGGUGAUCAUGAUGAGAUCAAUCAGGAACGUACACGUUUAUUAGAUUCAAGCAACAGUCGAAAUGAAAUUGUCUAGGAUUAUUUAUUUAUUUAUUCAUUUACUUAUAUGAUUAUUUCCAAUUUAUUUUUCAUGAUUAUUUUUGUAAACAGUUUAUUUUAUUUUGUGUCAUCACAAUAAUAUAUGAUAUUUUAAAAAAAUUGCCUUUUAACAAUCACAGCUUUCCUGUAAUCUUUCAUUUGUUAUUCUGUGAUUUGUUGCCUUUCUCUCUUUUCAUGUGAUAAAGUCUCGCACAAACACGCACACAUUUUUCACCUGACCUUUUGAAAAGAAGAGUACGGGCAAAAGACAUUAAUCAGCUGUUAACUCUGCGCAUUUCUUUUCUGUUUUCACUUCUCCUAUAGGGGACUUGAUGAUGGCUUGUUGUAUCUGGUGUAUACUUUUAUUCAACUACCUUUUAUCGCUUGUGAUAUUAUAAUUAUCAUAUUGAAGUUUUAGCUUGUAUGGUUAAGUAAUUACCCCUCUUGUAAUUACUAUUUUGCCAAUAAAAUAUUGAUAUGAAUACAGAGUUUUUGUGAUUGUCUUUUCCACAUUUAUCACAAGUGUGUUGUAUAUAUGUGUGCUUAUAUUUUGAUUGGUUGACGGUAGUCCUAUACCUGGG